CACACACACACACACACACACGUUUCUUGGAAACGUCUCUGUUCUGGUAAAACAGCAGUAGAGGGUGUAGUCACUAGUUUGAAGCCAACAGAAGAGUUGGAUCUGAGAUCAAUCUUUGUCUUCUCCUCCAACUAACCAGAGUUUCAUUGAGGACUGGAGCUGAUGAACUACAGAACACAGCUUUUCUAAGAACAUCCAGGAAGAAGAGAAGAAAGACGAGUUUCAUUGAGGACUGGAGCUGAUGAACUACAGAACACAGCUUUUCUAAGAACAUCCAGGAAGAAGAGAAGAAAGACGAGUUUCAUUGAGGACUGGAGCUGAUGAACUACAGAACACAGCUUUUCUAAGAACAUCCAGGAAGAAGAGAAGAAAGACGAUAUGGGACGAAGAAGAGGAGGGACUCUGAAGAUUCUGUUACUGUUGACACUCUGUCUGCAUGCCUUCACUGGUCAAUGCCAAGAUUCAGGGCAGCCCUCUGACCUGAGGAUAGUUCUGAUAGGGAAGACUGGAUCAGGGAAGAGUUCAACAGGAAACACCAUCCUGGGGAGAAAGGUGUUUAGAGAAGACCUCUCCCCUGAGUCUGUCACUGUUCACUGUGAGAAACAGAGUGGAGUGGUGGAUGGGAGGAAGAUUGAUGUCAUCGACACCCCGGGGCUCUAUGACACAACAAUGUCUAAAGAAGAGAUGAAAAGUGAGAUAGAAAAGGCCAUCUACAUGUCAGUCCCAGGACCUCACGCCUUCCUGCUGGUGAUCAGACUGGGGAGGUUCACAGAGGAGGAGAGGAACACUGUGAAGUGGAUCCAGGAGAACUUUGGAGAAGAAGCAUCAAUGUACACCAUCAUUCUGUUCACCGGAGGAGACCAGCUGGAGGACAAAUCAAUGGUGGACUUUCUAAGUGAGAGUGAGGAGCUUAUGAAACUCGUCAAGGUUUUUAAGGGCAGAAAUCAUGUCUUCAAUAAUAACAAGAAGAAUGACAACAAUCAGGUCCCAGAGCUGCUGAAGAAGAUAGAGGAGAUGGUGAAGAAGAAUGGAGGACAACACUACACCAAUGAGAUGUACCAGGAGGUCCAGAGGAAGAUCGAAGAGGAGGAGGAGAGGAAGAGACAGGAGAAGAAGGAGAGAGAGGAGGAGGCGAAGAAGAAACAAGAGGAGGAGAUCAGAAAACGGGAAGAGAAGGCGAGAGAGGUGGAGAGGAAGAGACAGGAGGAGAAGAAGAAACAAGAGGAGGAGAUCAGAAAAUGGGUAGAGAAGGUGAGAGAGGAGGAGAGGAAGAGACAGGAGGAGGAGAAGAGAAAGGAGGAUAAGAAGAAACAUGAGGAGGAGAUCAGAAAACAGGUAGCAAAGGCGAGAGAGGCGGAGAGGAUGAGACAGCAGAGGACGAGGAAGUCGUCGUCAAAUGGCUUAUUGGGAUUGUUAGCAACUGUUUUCACAGCGGUGGUAGCAGGACCAUUAGCAAUUCCAGUUGGAGCUGCUGUAUUUGCAAAUGAAGUAGCUGAACAUUUAGACGACUCCGAUUAAAUGAGGAAGAGGAGGGAGUGUGAAGUACCACUCUCUUCCUCAUCUUAAUGUCAAGUAGUAGCAGUAGAAUAUCUUAAUACUGUACAAUGACAACCAUCAGUGUUUGUAGCAGUAGAUUAAUUAUGUACAAUGACAACCAUCAGGGAUUGUUCAUCACUUUCUAAUAUUAUCAGUUAUUUACCAUGUUAUUUACCAUUUACCAUGAGUCUUAGGGAUAAUAACAUACUGUAGGAUGACAUUUAUAAUUCAACAAGAACAAACAGACAGAAAAAAUCUGAAAUCAUGUUUCAUUAACUCAGAGAUAGUUAAUAAGUUAGAAUGGGUAAAGAGAUUCUAGGUAUCUAGAUAUCUACAGUAUUGAUGUAUCUACCUUCCCUCCCUGGUCUGUGUUCUCUCUCUACCCUCCCUUUCUGGUCUGUGUUCUCUCUCUAGUAUCUCUCUACCCUCUCUUUCUGGUCUGUGUGCUCUCUCUAGCCUCUCUACCCUCCCUUUCUGGUCUGUGUGCUCUCUCUACCCUCCCUCCCUGGUCUGUGUUCUCCCUCUAUCCUUCCUCCCUGGUCUGUGUUCUCCCUCUAGCCUUCCUCCCUGGUCUGUGUUCUCCCUCUAUCCUUCCUCCCUGGUCUGUGUUCUCCCUCUAGCCUUCCUCCCUGGUCUGUGUUCUCCCUCUAUCCUCCCUCCCUGGUGUGUGUUCUCCCUCUACCCUGCCUCCCUGGUGUGUGUUCUCCCUCUACCCUCCCUCCUUGGUCUGUGUUCUCUCUCUACCCUUCCUCCCUGGUCUGUGUUCUCCCUCUACCCUCCCUCCCUGGUCUGUGUUCUCCCUCUUUCCUCUAUCUACCCUCCCUCCCUGGUGUGUGUACUCCCUCUAGUGUUAAACACCACAUGAUUAACACAGUGAGUAAUGUUGUAAUGGACUGUACGUCACAACUGUACUUCUACUGUAAUUCAUUACUGUAUUUCUACUGUAAUUCAUUACUGUAUUUCUACUGUAAUUCAUUACUGUAUUUCUACUGUACCUCAUUACUGUAUUUCUACUGUAAUUCAUUACUGUAUUUCUACUGUACUUCAUUACUGUAUUUCUGCUGUACUUCAUUACUGUAUUUCUGCUGUACUUCAUUUCUUUAUUUCUGCUGUACUUCAUUACUGUAUUUCUGCUGUACUUCAUUACUGUAUUUCUACUGUAAUUCAUUACUGUAUUUCUACUGUAAUUCAUUACUGUAUUUCUGCUGUACCUCAUUACUGUAUUUCUACUGUACUUGGGAAAAGAACAUUACUUUAACAAUUACAAAGAGGUAUUUUGUAUGUGCUUUGUCAUCAUACCGACAACAUCAAAAUAGCCUUUCAAGACCGAAGUCAGCAGGACUUUGAGCAGCCAGACUUAGUAUCAGCCAGACUUGUUGCUGGGUUACAGGGUUAAAUAGCCAUUCAACCAGUUUUGAAAAGAGAAAACUGUGUUUUAGAACUAGAAGAGACUCCACUAUCAACAUGAGAAAUUAUGGUCAACCGUAUAGACACACACAGACUGAGAUUCAAUCCAAUACUGUAUAGACACACAGACUGGCAUUCGUAACCGAAAGGUCGCUAGUUCAACUCUAGGAGCAGACAAGGUGAAACAUUUGUCCGUGUGCCCUUGAGCAAGGCAUUUAACCUCAAUGGCUCCAGGGAUGUUGUUGAUAAUGUCUGACCCUGUCUAAAGACUCCAGCUCUCUGUGGGUGUUGAUAAUGUCUGACCCGGUCUAAAGACCCCAGCUCUCUGCGGGUGUUGAUAAUGUCUGACCCUGUCUAAAGACCCCAGCUCUCUGUGGGUGUUGAUAAUGUCUGACCCGGUCUAAAGACCCCAGCUCUCUGUGGGUGUUGAUAAUGUCUGACCCGGUCUAAAGACCCCAGCUCUCUGCGGGUGUUGAUAAUGUCUGACCCUGUCUAAAGACCCCAGCUCUCUGUGGGUGUUGAUAAUGUCUGUCCCUGUCUAAAGACCCCAGCUCUCUGUGGGUGUUGGGAUAUGUGAGAAACACAUGUACAAGUGUGAAACAGGACAAAUAACAGCAGCUACUAUAGUCACCAUCUAGUGAGUCUGACCUGAAAUAACCCCUGAACAUCUCAUGACUGUUUUAAUCAUGGCAGUUAUUUACGGUUUCUCUUUCCCUGUUUGGAAACAUGCUGAACUAGUUCAUCAUCAUUCCAUUGGAUAAUAAUGGACAUGUGGUAACAUGCAGAACUAGUUCAUCAUCGUUCCAUUGGAUAAUAAUAGACAUGGUAAAAGAUCAUGUUUCUAAAGACACAUCAGCACAUGUAGGAUGAGUCACAUGUAGGAUGAGUCAUUAAUAUUCUAUUAAUAAAACUACUUUCUACCAGGACCCUAGAGCACUACCAGGGCAAGUGUCCCAUGCAAUAAGGGGAUCUGCUGUACCCAUGUUAUGUCGGAAAAGUCAGUUAUGAAUUAUUCUGUCCUGGUUAAAAACAAGUUAUCAUCCAAUAGGCUUUGAUAAAAUGUCCAAUAUCCUCACUCACAUGUAAAUUCUGUAAGAGUAAUGUAUAUGUCGAUUGUUUGACGGUCCGACCGCAUUCUGUCCCUUAUCAAUACAAAUGUUGGUGCCAGCGAGAAUGACAUAAGAAAGUAGUCAAGACGACAAGCUUAAUUAAACCUCCGUCAUGUAUAUCUAAACACAGAAUUAUUAUCUCCCACUAUAAUAAUAGAGUCUUGUAUUGCCGGUAGACUUGAUCAAUUAUUACAAUUAUUUUCAAA